GUGCUGCCCCCGCAGCGUCCUCCUGUGAGCGGGCUGUGGCUUGGCGUGUGGGUGGAGCGGCCCGUACGAGGUUUUGUGCUCUUUUUGGAGUGGGAAAUGACCCUGCACCCACGGACUUUCUCCUGUUGGUGAAAGGGGCAGCCUCUGCAAGGUUUCUCUCUUCUGGUAGUCGAAAACAGCUUUGCGCCCACAGACAUCAGACGUUCUCAUGUUGGUACCUAGUGUGGCUUGGCUUAUGAUAGGAGAGGCCUCCAUAAGGUUUUCCUUUCUUUUUUGAAGCAGAUUGUGACUUACUUUCCACACAACUUUGCUCUAGUAAAAAUUAAAGAGGAGGCAACUUUCCAGUAUCUGAAGGGAGCAUUCGGGGAAGCCGGAAAGGGACCCUUCAUCAGGAGCUGUAGUGAUAGGACAAGGAGAAAUGGGUACAAACUGAAAGAGGGGAAAUGUAGGUUAGGUAUCAGGAAGAAAUAUUUUACUCUAAGUGUGGUGAGACAGAGGAACCAGUUGCCCAAGGAGGUUGUGGAUGCCCCAACCCUGUCAAUGUUCAAGGCCAAGUUGGAUAAGGCCUUGAGCAAACAAGUCUAGUGCGAGGUGUCCCUGCCCAUGGCAGAGGGGGUUGGGACUGGAUCGCCUUGAAGGUUCCUUCCAACCCUUAACAUUCUAAUAUUCUAUGAUUUAUAGAAGUUACCUGCUUAGCACUAGCUCCAAAUGGUGACUAGGAAGAAUUUCUCCACAGAAAGGGUGAGUAGACAUUGGAAUGGGCUGCCCAGGGAGGUGGUGGAGUCACUGUCCCUGGAGAUGUUUAAGGAAAGACUGGAUGUGGCACUCAGUGCCAUGGUCUGGUUGACACAGUGGUGUUUGGUCGUAGGUUGGAGCUGACGAUGUCAGAGGUCUUUUCCAACCUAAUUGGUUAUGUGUGAUUCUUCAGGUAAUUCAGUUAAUUUUUAAUCUCAAAGACAAGGAGUCUGUGGCCAGAGAGCUCCUGCUUCCUCACUGUGGCCCAGCCAGAGGAGCUCUCCAUCAGGAUGUGAAGGGGUGACCUGAAGAGUUUCAGUAACUUUCUCGGUAGUCAGUUAAAUUCUGGCCCAUCUGAAGUUUGCAAUGACAAUGUGAGGCACCAUGAUAAGUUCUGCAGUUCCCUAUCAGUUAACAACUGGCCUGACAUGCAACAACAUGGAGUACCAGGCACAGCGCACUCGUACCAGCUGAGAAUCGGAUAAACAGCCAAGAAAGGAAGGGUUGCAAAUGUAGAAGCUGCCCCUUUUUGUCUGUUUCUCAGAGUCCUUCCAUUAAAUAAAUUAGCAGGGUGGACAAAAUCUGAGUGCUCCCUUUUAUGUCAGCCUGUUUUGAACUAAAGUGUAUUGUAGAAGCCACAAAACCUUUCAAGUCUUCCCGGUAAAGUACUGUCUCACUGAUCUCAUUGUAUAGCAUGCUGUUUAAGUUAUAAACUGAAUCUCUCUGCAUUUAAAGGUAGCUUUCACAUUUGGGAAUGAGUUUUAAAGUCUUAGAAAGCUGCACAACUAUAACAUUCCAUUCCCAGUUUUAAUGUGUGCUUUGAGCAAUAUCCUUGGUACUUUCAACAGACAGUGCUUACACAAUAUUUUUUAAGGUUUUCUGCCUUAUCUUCCUUUAGAUCCCGUUUCCUACUCUGCUUUGCUUGUUGCCAUGAGGUGUAGCUUGUAUUUUGUUGACACAAGCAAAUAUAGUAAUUGCUUUUUGUCUUGUUGUCUCUUUUUGAUGUGAAGUCGUAUCUGCUAAUGUUGCUUUCUACAAUAAGGAAUUCUUGGGCACUUUUCCUGGAAGAGAUUUGGAGCCUCUUCAUUCUUAGCUGAAGUAUUACCAUAUUUCAGUAAACAUUAUUAUAAUUAAGUGACAAUGUUUUCUUUUUCUUCCUGCCUGAUCAGGGAAGUCAGAUAUCCAAAUUGAAGGCAUUGUCAGGCUCUUCCUCAUGCUCCUAUCUGCAUAUGGAUUCAGUUCCACCCUCUGGUUUGUUUAGAACUCUAUACCUUUUGGUAUGUUUUAGCCUUAUAAAGCAGUGCAAGACUUUACUGGGAAUCAUUUUAACAGGUCAUGCAUCACCCAGACAGAUACUUGAAGCAGUAAUGCUAUAUGGGCCACUGAAUUUGUCUUUUUGCUUCAAGCCAUCCAUGUGGUUUCAGGUUCAUAAGAAAAAUGUUUGGAGAUUUUUUUUUUGUUUUCUCAAUAGAAUGGUACCAUAACUUAGGAUUAUUUUCCCUUACAGCGUUGCAUCUGGAGUUUGCAUCUGCAUUAUUUUUAACUUGUGAAGCAUGAUUCCAUCAGCAAAACAGAAUACCUACUUUCUUUUUUUCUUCUUUUUUCUUUUCUCUUUAGGAAAAAAUGUGCCUCAGAGACUGCUGACCUCAGACCUCACAGAAACCUGCUUUACCAGAGCUGUGAUGGCCAGUCACCAAGCAGAAGUUCAGAGUUUGAAGCUAGAUAAUGAUUCAGUUAUAGAAGGAAUAAGUGACCAGGUACUGGUGGCAGUUGUGCUCAGUUUCACUUUCAUUGCUGCUCUGGUAUAUACGCUUUUAAGAAAUGAACAUCAGAACAUACAUCCAGAAAAUCAAGAGCUAGUGCGAGCUCUUCGUCAGCAGCUUCAGACGGAGCAGCAGGAUGCCUCUGCUGGUGAUCGACAUCGCUUUUAUACAGACAUGUCCUGUCCAGUCUGUUUGCAGCAGGCUACAUUUCCUAUAGAAACAAACUGUGGGCACCUCUUCUGUGGUUCCUGCAUUAUUGCCUACUGGAGGUACGGCUCGUGGCUCGGUGCCAUCCGUUGUCCGAUCUGCAGGCAGACGGUAACGUUGUUUUUACCACUCUUUGGUGAAGAUCAGCAGGGUGCAAACCAAGUGUUUCAAGAUGUUAGUGAUUACAAUCGGAGAUUCUCUGGACAGCCCAGAUCUAUUAUGGAAAGAAUUAUGGAUCUGCCCACUUUACUGCGACAUGCUUUCAGGGAGAUGUUUUCUGUUGGGGGCCUCUUCUGGAUGUUUCGCAUCAGAAUAUUCCUCUGCCUAAUUGGAGCCUUGCUCUACCUGGCUUCACCUCUGGAUUUUCUUCCUGAAGCACUCUUUGGAAUUCUGGGUUUCUUGGAUGAUUUCUUUGUCAUUUUUCUUCUGCUAAUAUAUAUCUCUAUCAUGUACCGUGAAGUGGUGACACAGCGUCUGAACAGAUGAAAUGGACGAAAAUGGCCCAAAAGCAGAGGCAGUUGUGGAAUGUUUUAAAAAGAGAACUAUAAUGUAAGUGUGAUAUGGCAAGGUGCCUGUGUACAGUUUUAGUAGUAACAAUUUCUUAGCUGGUUGGCUCAUACAAGUAUGAAGGGUUGAUAUGUGGUGAUGCUUAACUGGAAUUUUUAAUUUGUGCGUUACAUGUGCUUCAUAAGGAGGAGAUUAGUUUUAUUAUGUUGUAAUAAACUACCUUCAUCUACUUCCACCUGAUGAACAGCUGUAUCUAAUCAAAGCAGGAAACACCUUUCUGGUGUGUUGUGGUUUGCGAAAAUAAAAUUCUAGUGAAGGACUUCAAAAAGUAAGUCCGUUUGAGUAAUCUAGACAAGCGUAAGAAAAUUCAGAAAUUCUUCACAGUACAGUUAAAUUGUUUGAUUUAACAAUUGUUUGAUCACAAAUUCCUGUUGUGGGCUAGAGUUUUUUGAAAUAAAAGUAGCUUUGUGUGUCUCUGUGAAGAAGAAACCCAAAGACCGCGUUACAGUCAUUCAUCACCCCGCAGUUGGUUGUCCUCCACCUGCUUCACAAAAGCAAGGGUAACACCUCUAGUAUUGCUUGAACUGCACUGUGUACAGUUGCAUGCAGUUCAUGCCAUUUUGUUUUUGUAUUUGGGAGUUUACACAGGGAAUCUGACCUGCAUUGAGAAGCCAGCAUCACGCACACCAGAGUGGUUCGUGCUGCGCUCCUGGAGUGGGAGCAUGGUUUUCCUCCUUCAGACUUGUUUGUUUGGUAGGUGUGUAUCAUGGAGGAGAGGGUUCUGUGCUGCUUUGGGUCAAGGCAAUGUGUCUGAAAUGAGAGUUUGCAUUCCUUUAGUUGCUUUAAGACAUUUAGCCGAUUGGAGGGGACCCUCAAGUUUCAGAUAGGAAUGAAAAAAAAAGCAGUCAGAACUGGAUGUUUUCACUACCAUGUUCAUGAACAGUGUAGAUGUUAACCUGAAUGUACAUUCUGCAGUACAAUUACUAAACAACUUAGAUGCUGGGGUGUUUGAUUUUCAGUUGGAGUUUUCUUUUUUGGUUGGUUGGUUGACUUGGAUGUGGAUAGAAGGUGUUCUGAAUUACCUUGAAAAAUAUCUGUGAUAAGGGACCACAAAGAAAUCCUGGAAAUGUUUUCAAAAAUACCAGGGUAUUAAUCAUCCCUAAAGCUGAUAUUUUUUUUUUUUUUAUGUUGAAUUUGAGCACAGGCUACCAUAGCAAUUUGAAAAUACUUUCAUUUUAAGCAGGGAACGCCACUAGAAAGGUCCAGGAUGUGACAGAUCAAUGUAUUUUUUAGUUAGAAGAAUGAUGAUUGCAAUUUUUUUUUAACUUCCUGAGUACUUGAAAGACAGUGAAUUGACAGAUGAUUCUUAGCAUGUUUACAUAUAUGGGAUGAAACUUAGGAUGAAAGGGACCUUUUCACAAUUUCUGUGUUUUUCCCGUGCAGGUGUCUUUCCACAGUUUCUAGCACUUAGGUAUGUGCAGGAAGAUGACAGAGCUGGAACCUGAGGUGUCAGUGGUUUGGGGUAGAGAUUGUCCUUCACUGUCAGUGUUUCUGAAAAUCCAGAAACAUUUUAAAAAUGUUAACAGAAAGCUAUUUUUUUCCUUAUUGCUGUUUGUUAGAGGUGUGCAAGAAGAGAAAAAGGAAGUGCAACAAGGGUAGGAGAAGGACAGCUAGACAGAAAAUUACGUUUUUGGAAACAAGUGCUAUUGGUUUUUGCAAACUCACUGUUCUUGAGCUUCUUGGUUGAGCUUUUCCCGUUUUGUUGGCACUGGUGAUAGUUUAGUGGCUACCUCAGUCAAAAGUCAUUAAAGUAUUAUCAAGUAAGCAUGGGGUGUUUAUAAGCUGUUAGGUACAUUUAGAAAACAAGAUAGUGGUUUAGGAUGUUAGAUAAGACAAGAUUUCACAGUUUUGCUGGAAGUACUGUUUUGGGGGUUUUUUGUUUUCCUGAGAAAUCCAGCUGAGGGCAAACUCCAAAAAUUUAUUUUUAAUUGAGUAAAUUUAACACCCCCUUUCCUCCUGGAGUUUAACUUGAAAAUCUGUUUAGAGAAGAGUGUGAACUGCUGUUGUACAAUAACUGGAGUCCAUUCGUAGAAGUUGUUGAUCUGGUAUCUCCUCCAUAUUUUUAUCCUAUGAUUGUGUUUAUAAUUCUCCUACGGUUCUCUAAAUCCAGAGUAGAUAUAGAUGCACAUGAACCUGCUUAAUGAUUUGUGUCCUUUGAGCUUCCCAAUCCCACAUGCUACUGUUAAGUUCAUGCAGAAUUACCCAUCCAGUUUAAGGGGUCUGCUCCUAAAGAGUGGACCUUCUUGUGUACCUGAAAUCAUACACAAACCACAUCUGAAAGCCCAUAUGAAGUUUCUCCGUGUUCCUUUUCUUCAGUACAUUUCUGAUGGCCAGAAGGGUUUUCACUCAGAGGCUUCUGCUUACUUUUGAAUAUUGGGUAACAUUGUAAGCUUAAAUUCAACACAUUAAAUGCUUGACAGAAUUAGGACCAUCCUUCCUUUUCACCAGCACGUGUGCUUGCUUGUGAAUACUUUUUUUUUUUGGUCCUGCAAGCUGGUGACAAGCAGUAUUACGACUUGCUCAGGCCUUUUUGUGUAAUGUGAAGAUGCAUCUGUCCUGCAGCGUCUGGCUGCUGCUCCUUUACACAAAUCUGAAAUAGCUGUAAAUUAGUUAUCUUGGGUACUUAGCUUGGACUUAACCUAAACUCUAGAGCUCCCAAGAAGCUGAAGAUUAAAACAUGAGCGUGUGUUAUUCCCGAACUGUGUGCUGCCAAGUUGUUCUGGCAGCAGUGUUAAAGGUAAAGGCUAGAGCUGAGCCCUGGCUUCGGGGUGUGAAGGAAAUACCUGAUGAUGUGUGCAGAGUGACUGCAAAUGUGCUUGGUUUUGUCUCCUGGGAUGGGGCAGGCAUGUCACUAAGGGGGGGAAAUAAGAAAAUGGAAAACUAUAGCAGGAAGAGGUACAGAGAUAAAAUACAGUCCUUAAAAGAUUACAGUGUCGCCAGAAACUUUGUGAAAUAUAUGAUUGUUCCAGCAAUAUUAACAAGGAGGGAAACAAAAGUUGUAUUUAAUAGCUCUUACACAGUAACUUGUAGCAUCUUGAGGCCUAAUGGUCAUCGCUGUAUAGAGCAAUCUGUUUCUGUGCUGUUCGUGUGCCACACCAGUGAUGUCUGUGAGGACCAGGCAGAACGGUGUGGUUUGGGGAUACAAUUUUGCUGUAAGUUUCAUAGAACUGUAGCACUAUGUUACACUAGAUUUUUAAGACAAAAGGAUAUAAAACUACUUGUUGUUACUUUUAAUGAUAAUAAAUUGCUGUUAAAGUA